AUGAAGAACAAUAAUAGAUCUAAAUCUCCUAUUAAUGGAGGAGGAAGUACUUAUUCGUAAGGAAGUGUACAUAAAAAAUCAUAGCAAUAACAAUCAUCUGUAUAAUAGUAAUAGGACUCAUCUUAUUCAAUAUAAAUUUCUGUGCGUAUGAGACCUCUGCUUUAGGAUUUUGAAGAUGAAGUCUCUUGGAUAGUUGAUAAAUAAAAUAAAAGUAUACAAAGCCAAACCCAAAAGAACUUAGCUUAGUCGAUGAAUGGAAAUUCUAAUUUAUUAGCAGAAUCUACUUCACUAACUCCAACAAAUGGUUAGUAGGGAAAAGGAAAAUUAAUGACAAUGUCAACAAUGAGCUAAGAUUAACUUGCCAUAAUGAGGAGGAGAUAUGCAGAUGCGUAUUACAAUUACUCUUUUAACUUUGAUCAAGUAUUUAGUCCUUAAGAAAGCACAGAAUCUAUAUACAAUUCAAGCUGCAAAAAUAUUGUUUACAGUGUUUUAGAUGGAUACAACAGUACAAUCUUUAUGUAUGGCUAGACAACAUCAGGUAAAACUUUUACGAUGCUAGGAGAUAUGGACAAUCCAGGUGUGCUUCCUUACUCUCUUCAUGAUAUUUUUGAUGAAAUAGAAAAGAGAAAAAAGGAGCAGGAGGUUGAAUAUCAAGUGCUAGUUAGCUAUAUAGAAAUUUACAAUGAGUAGAUUAACGAUCUUAUAAAUCCUGGAAUGACCAACUUAAGAAUUCAUGAUGACCCAAAAAUUGGACCUAUUGUUUAAGGAAUGAAGCAAUGUGAAGUUACUAAUUUUAAUGAAGCUAUUAUUUUAAUGAGGUUUGGAGAAGAGCAUCGUUGUUACAAGGAAAAGAAUAUACAUGAACACUCUUCCAGAUCCCACACAAUAUUUUAGUUAAAAGUCCUUUCUAAGAGUAAAAAAGAAAAUAACUAAUAUUCCACCAAAGCAGCUGUUUUAAAUCUAGUGGAUCUUGCUGGUUCAGAAAGGCUUCAUGAAGAAGACUCUAAAAGUGGUAACAAUGAAGAAACAGGUUUCAUAAAUAAAAGUCUAUUUGUGCUUUCUAAUGUCAUAAACAAGCUUGCUGAAGGAAAAUCAAAUAAAUACAUUCCUUUUAGAGAUUCGAAACUAACUAGAUUCCUUUCAAAUGCGCUUGGUGGCAAUUCUAUGACAGCUAUUAUUUGCACUAUUUCUCCAGCUGCUAUGAAUUUCUAUCAAACACUAAGUACCUUGAGAUUUGCUACGAGGGCAAAAAAGGUUUACACUACUCCUGUUGUUAAUGAAAUUAAACAUCCAAGAGAUAUUGGUGAGAUUAAUAAAGAGAUUGAUGAACUUAAUUAACGUCUUAUAGCUAAGAAUACUGAAAUAGAAAUGAUGUAGAAAGAUAAGAUUUUCUUAGAAAACACUUUAGUGGAGUCAACAAAAUAAAUUAAUUUACUAAAUAAGGAAAUUAAAAAAAUAAAAUCUAAAUAAAAUUUGGAAGAUGAUUAUUCGCUGCAAUACUAGCAGCUAUUAAAUGAUAAUAAUUUUAUUGAUAUUUUAGCAUAAAGAGUGGAAUUAUUUUUGUGGGAUGAUUACAAUUUAAGCACUAAUAAUUCGAGAGAUGAAGACUAUUCAGACUUAGAAGAUGAGAAAAUGAAGAAAAAAAACAAAUAAAUAGAUGAAGACGACAGAAAUAUCGGUUCUAAAUUGAAGGACAAUAUUAAAGAGAAUUUCGAGUAAUGUCAUGCUGAGUGGAGCAAAAUGCAAUAAAAACUUGUAAAUCGUUAUAAAUAAGAUGUUUAAAAUUUAUAGAUGAAGUACAAAGACGAAAUAAAAAAUAUGAGCAGAUUUUACAUGAAAGAAACAAAGUAAAACGAAAAAGAACUCGAGGAUAUUAUUUAAAACAGAGACGAACUUAAAAUGAUAAAAACUUUAGAAAAGCAGAUUGAAAAAAAAAUAGAUAACAAUACUAUUUUCAAUGGAAUAGCUGUUAAUAUAAUUUUAGAUCCUCAACUGCCUAUUGAGUUAGAUACAGCUGAGGAAAUAGAGUAAUAUGCAGUCAAUGUAAAAGCUGCCUAUUAAGAAGCUUCUUAAUCAUUGGAAUAAAAGUUUAAAGACUAUAAAUCUCUCCUUUCUAACAUUUGCAAGACACAGAUAAAAUACUUCGCUUAAUCAAGUAGCAAUCAUAAUCAUUUAAAUAAUAAAAAUUAUGUAAAUGAUAAUAAUAAGCUAUCGUCAAGUAUAUAAAAGUUAACUUCUAGACAUUCUGAAAUGCUUCAAAAAUUGACAGUUCUUUUUUCAAAUAAAUCAUCCAUACUCGAAUCUGUUUAUAUUCAGGUUUGUUAAAAUUUAGAUAUUAAUCCAGGAUAGAUUUUCUUACCAACAACGAGAUCAGCUACAAGCACAUCAUAGUUUUCUAAUAUUACUGAUAAUAGGGUUCCAUUUGCAGACUAAAGUUCAGUAGCAAAUAUCUUAAAAUAAAAUUACUCAAAGUACCCUCCAUCCUACGCAGUCAAUAGCAUUUAAGGAGAUAAGUAAAUAAUAAAUAACACUCCAAAAUUUGAAGAAUUUCUUUCCAACAAAAGACAAAUCACAAAUAAACAAAUCACAGAUUUUCUUGAUUUAGAGGAGUUCUCUUCAAUUUCUGAGAGAGAAAAUCAUUAGGUUCAUUAAAAGAAUGGUUCAAUGGAAUAUAACAGAUCAUAUUAACAUUAAAAUUAAUCUUCUAUCCUCUAAAAAAAAUAAUAGAGUACUUUCGAUUAGCUAAAAUCAAAACCUGAUGGUUCUAUUAUUACUUUUGCAUGGGGUUCUGGCAAGGAUGGAAGAUUGGGAUUAGGUACUGAUAGAGGAGAAAGCAAUCCAACGAUGCUAAAUAGCCAAUAAUUCAUAUAUUUAUCUUGUGGUUAUUAUCACACUGCAGGAAUAACUGAAAAAGGAGAAUUAUAUCUUUGGGGAAAAGGUAAUAGUGGUUAACUAGGUAAUUCUAGUUUUAAUAGCUCAAAAGUUCCUAUCUUAGCGAACAUCCCACAAACUAUACCCAUAGUAUAGGUAGUAUGUGGAUGGUAGCAUAGCAUGGCUUUAUCUUCAAGUGGAUAAGUUUAUUCUUGGGGAUUAGGAGAAGAAGGAUAAUUAGGGCAUAAUGACAUGGAAACCCUUAAUACUCCUAAAAUGAUAGAAUAUUUUUCUUAAUAGGCCAAACAAAUUAAAUAUAUUUCCUGUGGGCAUUCUCAUUCUGCCGCCAUUUCAGAAGAAGGAGAUUUAUACACUUGGGGUUGCAACUAUGACUAUAGACUAAUGAUAAAUGAAAAUAAAAAUUAAUAUAAGCCUGUUCUCACAUAGUUACAUUAUCUCAAGGAGAUUUACUAAAAAAGUGGAUAAGAUAUUUCUUAAAAGUUUAAUGUUUAAUUAGUUUCAUUAGGAGUUAACCACACAGCUGUUAUAACAGUUGAUGGUAGUGUCUAUACUGCUGGUUUAGGUAAUCAUGGAGAACUUGGAAUCAUUUUGAAUGAAUCAGUUCCUAACACAGAUAUAAUAAGAGAUAUAGUAUGUUAACAAAAUAGUAAUAAUGUAGAAGAGCGAUGCUGUUAUUUACAUAAAGUUUAAACUUUUGGCGAGGAAAAUAAAGCAAUAGAUAUCGCAUGUGGCUAUGAAUUCACUAUUGUAUUAAAUGCAGAAGGGACAGUUUACUAAUUUGGUAAAAAAAUUUCUCAAGGACCUGAUUUUAUAGGAACUAAGCAGGAAAUUCAAGAUUAUGUAACAAAAGAUUCAUAAAAUGUCACUCCUUAAAUUAUGUAUGAGUUUGGAAAUAUCCGAGUACAACAAAUUGCUGCUGGAAAAAACCACAUUGCAAUAAUAACUGAAAAUGGAGAAUUGUAUACUUGGGGGAAAAAUUUCUAUGAUAAACUAGAUAUGGGGGACGAUAAACAUGAAAGCAACAAACCUGUUAAAUUAUUUGAAGGAAUUAAUAACUUGCAAUGUAUUUAAGUAUCUUGUGGUGAAUUUCAUUCUGUUUGCUUAAAUAAGUGUUAAAAAAAGUGA